UUCGUCUGGCCCGGAUUACCACCAAACAGCGCGGUACUAGAAAACAUGACGAAGAAGUCAAGCGGGUCCUUUGUCCGGAUCGCAGAACCGGUCGUGGAAGAUCUUGGCGCCCGGGACUUUGGACGUGAACACCACGUCCAUCGUCGCCAGGUCCAUGUUCUUCAGCAGCGCGUCCCUGAGCACCAGCGGGCCGUACGCCACACCACCCACGCGGCAGGUUAUAUACAUCGCAAAGAGUGCCGGCGUCGACAGAUUCUGCCUUGGAUACGUCCCUAUAUCUAUUUUUGGCUAUUCUUGUCAGAUGAUGGUGACUCUCCAACAGGAUGCCGCCGAGACCUACAUGGCGAGCACGGUCACCUUCCCGCCGACCCUCUCCAUAUCCUCAAGUCACCCGGCCUCCAGCCUCUCGGGAUUCCGGCUAGAUAACACAACAUACCGCCCGGCAUGCUUGACGAUCCACGCCGCGAUCGAACGCCCCAUGGACUGCGAAAGCCCGACGAGGAGGUACGUCUUGUCCUUGACAAAUAGCGUGCCCGCGUCCACGAGGCUGACGCGGACGGGGACCUUGGCCUCGGCCUGCCAGUCGACUAUCGCGUCGAGGGCGUCGUGCGCGUCGGCGGGCUUGGUGACGGGGCAGGAGGCGGUGGUGUCUACGUCCAAAGCUGGGCUAGAUAUGGAUUCGGAGACGAGCUGCAGCUGGCUUGCUUCCAGGGCGUCAGAGUAAGCCACAGCGAGAUUAAAGUCUGUCCCUUGCUCAGAAAAAAAGUCAGGCACGCCCCAUGCCGCUGGGUGAAGUACCCAUGUUCAUAGUUGG